AGUCAUCUUCAGCCAAAAAAAAUGAAGACGAUCCAUCCAAUAACCCCAUAUUUCACGUGUGUCAGUCUAACCUCAUUCUAGACUAGUGUUCCUGUGCAGGCCAAUAGAAUGCAAGAGCAAAUUGUCGAAUAAGAAAAAAAAUUCAAAUCGGCUAGAUCGAGAUAGGAACUCAUCUAUCACCUCCGAGAGACUAAUCUUUUUUUUGUCCUGUAUAUCCUCUUCUUUCCCUCUGCUUAUCCUUUUUUUGAUCUGUUUCAUUCUCAAAAAUAGUCCUCGACACCAUGGCUGAGGCAAAUGUAGGAGGCAUUUCCAGCAGCGCUGAUCGUAUGGUUGGUGCUGACCAUGCUGAAGUUCGCUACUUUACGAGCUACGAUCAUCAUGGCAUCCAUGAGGAGAUGUUGAAAGAUGAUGUCCGUACUCGGUCCUAUCGUGACUCCAUUUACCAGAAUAAGCACAUCUUCAAGGACAAGAUUGUCCUCGAUGUCGGAUGCGGUACCGGCAUCCUCAGCAUGUUUGCUGUUCGUGCCGGCGCAAAACACGUUAUCGGUGUCGACAUGUCCUCCAUCAUCGAGAAGGCUCGUGAGAUCGUCGCGGUGAACGGUAUGGCCGAUAAGAUUACUCUUCUGCAAGGAAAGAUGGAAGAGGUGACUCUUCCCUUCCCUAAGGUGGACAUCAUCGUUUCCGAGUGGAUGGGAUAUUUCCUUCUAUAUGAGAGCAUGCUGGACACUGUGCUCUAUGCCCGCGAUAGAUAUCUUGCCCCCGGCGGCAAGAUCUUCCCUGAUCAGGCAACUAUCUACGUUGCUGGUAUCGAAGACGGCGAGUACAAGGAUGAUAAGAUUGGAUUCUGGGAUAACGUCUAUGGAUUCAACUACAGCCCAAUGAAAGAUGUUGCCCUCACCGAGCCUCUCGUCGACACCGUUGAGAUGAAGGCCGUUGUCACAGACCCCUGUGCCGUGCUCACUUUGGAUCUGUACACAGUCACACCAGCAGACUUGUCCUUUAAGGUCCCAUAUUCGCUCCCCGUCAAGCGAAACGACUUCAUCCAUGCCAUCAUUGCCUGGUUCGACAUUCAAUUCACUGCUUGCCACAAGCCGAUCACUUUCUCCACUGGUCCUCACGCCAAGUACACCCACUGGAAGCAGACCGUCUUCUAUCUCCGGGAUGUAUUGACCGUUGAGGAAGAAGAGGCUGUCAGUGGAUACCUUGAGAACAAGCCCAACGCGAAGAACAAGCGUGAUCUCGAUAUUAAACUGUCCUACACUUUGGAGACUCGGGAUCAGCUUCGUUUCGCCCAGGGCGAAUGCGAGUACAAGAUGUGCUAAAUGCUGAAUUAACCAUAAUCGAACGUUCGGAUUACUAUGCUUACCGUACCUCUUAGUGGCUGGGGUCUACGCCAUCUACCACAUAUGACUAUUAUGUCUUAACUUUUCUAUGUCUGCUCUUGCUUGAUUCAUUAUGGGCGUUCCACCGGGGCUGCGCUGUCUGUGUAUCUUUUGGAAGAAAGAACAAAAAAAUUGAGCAUGUUAGGCGCUACAUUUGGGUCGACGGAAAAAAAAAGAGAUGGAUGAGAUGAAGAAAUCACGAUAAUGAGCUCCUCACAAACUUUUGUUUUGCAAAGUAUAUACCCUCGAGUUGAAGCUAAGCAUAAUCUACUUCAGAUUGCAUCGGAC